UUUUGAAACAGACAUGUUUUGUUGAUGGAACUCUGAAGUUGAUCAGCUGUCGCCUCUGUGCUGUUUUCUCCUUGUUGGGUGUGCUUGUCUUUGUAAACUCAUAAAAACUUGAGCGUGACCACCUCAUUACCUCUGCAAUAAAAGAGGACAGUCUGCAGUCUCCGUGUGCAGAGUCCACCGGCUCUACGAGUUCUUUCAUAUGAGAUGAUUGUGCCUGUCUUAAGAUUCUGAACAGAAGUCGCCCUACAGGAACCAUGCCUUCGAGGAAGACUAUCAAACUCGUUGUAUAUGAGGUGCUGGAGUUUGCAGCCCUCAGCAUUCCCAUCUUUGUCAUCACGGAGAAGUUUGCCCGCCUGGUUUCUGAUGUGGAAAGAUGGGAUGAAAUAUCGUAUUGGCUGGUGGUGGCAGCCUCUAUUGCUUACGUAACCUCUGUGGCCCUCCUGGUAUGGUUGCCGCUCAAAUAUCUCAAGAAGCGGUACAGGUCCAUCACGGAGACCGCACAGUGGAGACCAAUAGCUUUGGCGUACCUCGUCCUGUGCACGCUGCCCUGCUUUGCUGUUUUAAUAGCCAGUUCCAAGGUGCAGGUAGACGGAGGACAGCGGAUUGACCAGUUCACAGAGCUGCCAGUUUCAUUAGUGCUGUUCUGUCUCAUCUGUGUGGACGUCAUCGAGAGGAUUCGCUCGUGCAGCCUCACUGGACAUUAUGGUCUGGAUUCUGACUUUGAUAUGUCGGGCCCCGUCCUCACCCACCUGGGACAUGUGAACACGGUAUCAGGCUUGCAGCACCCUGACGGAGGCCAGAACGGGAUGCCUCAUGGCUGUCCAGAGACCAGAAAUGGAGUCACCUCAGGGAGGCUACAGGAUGCAAACAGAUCAUCCAACCACUUGACGUACAGCUCCCGGGUACCUGACACCGCCUACCUGUACUCCUCACGUUCACAUUCCCACUCUGGACGUCUGAGCUUUCUAUGGAAGAAGGACAGCCGGGCAGAGAUGUUUGUGGAUAGUUUUCUGUUCUGGUUCGACACAGUGGAGAUGGUGAGAGUGGUGGGUGAGCCUUCAGUCUUCUAUUCAGCCUGGGUGUUGCCUGUCUACAUUUUAGCCUUCCUGUCCGCUAUUCGGGUGGCUAUCGCUCCUCAGAGUCGCUUAUUGUCCAUCGCUAGCGUCGUUCUGCAGGACUUUCCUUUCUUUAUCUUUCGAGUUGUUCUGAUUGCUGUUUUUGGUUAUGUAACACCGGUGUUAUAUGCACUGAAAAAUGUACUAGUGAGCCUGAGUUUGAUCUAUUUUACAUUCCUGACCAAGCUGAAGCCUUUCAGAAGGGAGUGCAUGUUUUAAAGGUGGUUCUGCGUAUUUACAAGCACCUGCAAACAUGCAGCUGCUUCUACCGAGUGAGCAACAGCAAAUCAACAU